CGUGUAGAGUCUUAAAAUUGUAAAAUCAUAAAUCAAAAUCUGAGAUUUUAACCAUGUAACUUCAAAACCCUUAGGGUUCGAUAAUUCACAGAUCACCUUCCACCUUAGUGCCACCAUAUCCGCCUUCGAAGCUCACCGCAUAACCUCCGUCGACUAACGCACUAACGUCGAAUUUUUCAAAGCUCGCCUCCAACUUCUACAGCCUGAUUUGUGAGUUCUAAUCUUCUAAUUUCUGCUCAAGUUUAUUUCUUUUGCAACCCCAUCGAAUGAGUAUGAUAUUUCAGGAUUCGAUUAUCGUUAGUAAUAACGUGUAAUUCUUCCCAAAAUUAAAUGGAGUUAUAUGUACAUGUUUACAGAAUGCAAGCUCAAAUCCUCUAAAUCGGUGGUCAUGUUUUCCCAAUUAGGAUUUCUAUUUUGAGUACAUUUGAAUAUCGCACCACUUCAUGAAUCCUAUAACGUUGAAAUCAAUUGAUUCUAAAUAUGUUAUUUUGCCUAAUCCCCAUUGCUCUUUUAACAUUUAUCAAUUACAGUAUAUGUUUGCUGUUUGUUUGUUCAAGCAUGAAGGAUAAAUUAAAUGUCUUCCUUCUAUCAUGAUCCAACAACUGCUUGUAGAACACAAUCCACAUGUCAUGAAGGAGAUAUAGCUUGGAAUCAUGCAAGUGAAGUUCUAUCCAUGGAUGAAAAUUUGGAAAAUGACAUUGAAAAGACAGAAACACCUUCAGAAAAUCAUCAAGAACCAUGUGAAGGUAUGCUAUUUGAAUCAGAAGAAGCAGCAAGAACAUUUUAUGAUGAGUAUGCAACCCGGGUUGGUUUCAUUACCCGUGUUUUAUCCUCUCGUAAGUCAGAGAGGGACGGAAGCGUAAUUUCGCGUGGCCUUGGAUGUAGAGGUGAUUCAGAACAUCAUAACAACAAGAAGAACACUAUGAAUAUGAUCCAGAAAAUGAAUAAAAAAAGUCGAGAAAUUUGCACAGCAAUGAUUUUAGUAAAGAGAGAGAAACCUGGGAAUUGGGUUGUUAGAAAAUUUGUGAAGGAACACAAUCAUCCACUUUGUGUUUCAGUUUCUAAAAAACGUGCAACAUUUGAUGAAAAAGACAAGAGAAUUCAAGAACUAAGUGGUGAAUUGCGUGUAAAGAAGCGAUUAAGUGCAUUAUACAGAGAACAACUUCUUGCUUUAAUGAAAGAUGUUGAUGAUCAUAAUGAACAUCUAUCUUCAAAAGUUCAAGUUGUAAGAAAUAAUUUAAAAAAACUUGAAGCAAGGAUUGUAUAAUUGUAAGUAUUUAUUAUAUCUAAAUUUCCCAUGGUGCCCUUUUGAGGAUA